UCCGACUUGUCCAACAAGAAAUUUCUAGCCUUUUCCCUCAUCCCUGCCGCUUGCUGAAGGACUGCAUUGCCCCAAGUCCACCAUCUUUCUCUUCUCUAAAGCAUUUUCUACAGAUCGGACGUUCUUUGCAGUGCAUGGCGCUUAAAAAUUUAGCUCGGCGAGCGUUUUGGUCGCUGCCGAGCUCUUUUUCACGCCAUUCAAGUGGGCUCGACGCGAGGAUCAUUUCUAACCGUAUCUCGGUGAAUUGGCUUUCUUCGCAGUCAGAUAAAUGGUGGCCAAAAAAUCAGCUCGAUCUCGACAAUGGAACAAGCACGGUGGACCACGCCCGACGCCAUUUCCAGACCUGUGCAACUCGUCUCAAGAAAGGUGACCUUUCUCGCGCACAAAUGGUUGCUUCGAUGCCUAAACUAGACGAAGGAACGCAGGGCGAAAAGCUGUUCGACGUGCCAUAUGACGAAUGAUUUUUUCAUCAAAGACAGACAAAUCAAUUUCCUGAUGAAGGAACACCCAAUCGGCUAUUUGAUGGGAUUCGCUUUGCAGACCUUCCCAUCUGUGACAUUAAUGCGACCCCCAACAAUACAAUCAUGACACUUUCUAACAGUGCUGGUUGUGUAAAGAUAAUUCAUAGUUGUGGCAGAGAAGGCUUCAAAAACACACGUGAAGGGACUAACAUAGCUGCACAAGCAACAGGCAUUACUCUUGCUACGAGAGGUAUUGGCAUUGGGAUGAAAACUGUCCGUGUAACUGUUGCCGGGCUUGGUCCAGGGAGAAUGGCUGCCAUAAAAGGAUUAACAAUGGGAGGCAUGAAUGUGGUAUCCAUCACCGACAAAACACCGGUACCUUGGGUCGCGCAUCCUCGCCCCAAGAAACGGAGAAAGCUGUAAGCUCAACAUUUAUCCACAUUGCCAACAUCUUACUUAAUUGUCCUCAGACCACUUGCUAAGGGACAUUUUUGCUUAAAUGAUGGCCGUCUUUCCUCAACUUGUUAAAGCGUUUUGUUCUAUUUGGCCAUUUGGUGCCACGUAAAAUUUUGCGCUAUGUAAUUGACGCAUUUUUCGCGUUAGUAAUGAACCCGAUUCAAGUUCGAUGGAUAACAUUCUAGCCUUCGAGUUCAUUUAAUUUGAAAUCGAAUCUUAUUGAGGCUAACUUCCCUCCAUACUUCCUUAGUUGCUCUUUAACAUCUUUAGUGUAAAUAUUUCCCUAGUAACUAGUCAUGAUGAUAAAUGUAAUGUUCGAAGGCAGAAGACUUGAAUGCGAAGUUGUUAACUUCUGAAUACAUGUUUCGUUCAAAUAA